GAACGCUUCCAUUUGUGGGUAGCUCACCAAGAGGUUACCUGCACCGCUGCAGAGGGCCAUUCUCCUCUUCUUCCUGCUUGACUGUAGUGUAUAGCUAUUAGCUCCGAUGAACACCACCACCAAGCUGCUCUUGGCGCUCGCCGUCUUCGCGGCGGCGGCGGUCCUGUCGCUGGACUUGCGGAGCGACGUGAGGCUGCUGGAGAUAAGGGACGGCGACGUCGAGCUGAUCCCUCUGCUCGAUGGCGCCGCCGGGCCGGAGAGCAUAGUGUUCGGCGGCGGCGGGGAGGGGCCGUACACGAGCGUGUCCGACGGGAGGGUCUUGAAGUGGCUGCCGCCGCCGGAGCGCCGGUGGGUGGAGCACUCCUGCUCCGUGCCGGAGCUGUUGGACAGCUGCAGAGGAUCAAAGGACACGAAACGGGAGCAGGAGUGUGGGCGUCCGCUGGGCCUCAAGUUCAACGGCAAGACCGGCGAGCUGUACGUCGCAGACGCAUACCUUGGGCUCAGAGUGGUGAGCCCCGGUGAGAACGUGUCUAAGCCGCUUGUGCCAGCCACCCAAUUCAGCUUCGCCAAUGGAGUCGAGAUUGACCAUGAAACUGGAGUGAUCUACUUCACCCAGACCAGUACAAGGUUUCAGAGAAGGGAGUUCUUGAACAUAGUGAUAACGGGUGACAACACCGGGAGAUUGCUGAAAUAUGAUCCAAAGGAAAACAAGGUUGAAGUCUUAGUUGAUGGACUAUGUUUCCCGAACGGCCUAGCUAUGAGCAACGAUGGUUCUUAUCUACUACUUGCAGAAACCACGACCGGCAAGAUCUUAAGAUACUGGCUUAAAACACCAAAAGCAUCAACUACUGAAGAAGUUGUGCAGCUGCCUGGGUUCCCAGACAACAUCAAGAUGAGCCCUAGAGGAGGGUUCUGGGUUGGCCUCCAUGCCAAGAGAGGGAAGAUCGCCGAGUGGUCAAUUUCUUACCCUUGGCUAAGGAGAUUGAUCUUGAAGCUACCUGCUCAACGCAUUCAACGCAUCUCAUCCUUCUUGACAGGGUUUGGCCGUCAGGUGAUAGCUCUAAGGUUGAGUGAGGAUGGAAAGACCAUAGAGGCGAUGAGUGUUCAUGGUGCUGCUCGGAAGGUGUUCAAGUCCAUUAGUGAAGUUGAAGAACGAGAUGGGAGUCUGUGGAUAGGAUCUGUUUUGUCACCUUUUCUUGGUAUUUACCAUCUAUAGUUCAACAUGUAGAAUAAUAAAGUAACGAAUAUAUUAAUGUACCAGUAGGUUUUUAUGAUAGUGUGCAUAGCAAAUUAUCAUAUCAAAGUUCGGCCAUGAACUAAUGAUCAUCAAUUUUAUUGAUAACCUAUGGUCAUUACCACUAUCAGCAAAUGUUAGCCGGAAGGCGUGAGAUCACGAUUAAGGGAAAAUUAAUCUAGGUAUGGGAAAAUUUUCGUCUAUAAAUGAU